CCUUGGCUCAUUGGCCCAGAAAGCUCCACCCUGCACAGGAGCGAGGAACAAAAGCUGCCCCCGGGAGGCCCUCAGGCAGACAGACAAGCCCGGGACGGAGAGGUGAGGUGCUGCUAGACCCAGGAAAGCCCGAGCCAGGUGCACAGGCCACAGAGUCCUGUCCCCGUCCUGCUGGGAAGGACAAAGGAGGGCACUCAGGAAACGUCCCAGGAUCACCAGGUCCGUGGAGGCCGAGGUCUGAGCCGGGGCCAGAGCUGGACCUGCUGGUGCUCCAGGCUCCACACCCCGAGUGGGUGCUCCCGACGGCCGACGGUCCCCCCGAGGGCCCACGGACUCCCCCGGCAUGAACUGGGCGUCCCUGCAGGGGCUCCUGAGCGGCGUGAACAAGUACUCCACGGCGCUGGGCCGCAUCUGGCUGUCGGUGGUGUUCCUGUUCCGCGUGCUGGUGUACGUGGUGGCGGCCGAGGAGGUGUGGGACGACGAGCAGAAGGACUUCGUGUGCAACACCAGGCAGCCGGGCUGCCCCAACGUCUGCUACGACGAGUUCUUCCCCGUGUCGCACGUGCGCCUCUGGGCGCUGCAGCUCAUCCUGGUCACCUGCCCGUCGCUGCUCGUGGUCAUGCACGUGGCCUACCGCCAGGAGCGCGAACGCAAGCACCGGCUGAAGCACGGGCCCGGCGCGCCGUCGCUGUACGACAACCCGAGCAAGAAGCGUGGCGGCCUGUGGUGGACCUACCUGCUGAGCCUCAUCUUCAAGGCGGCCGUCGACUCGGGCUUCCUGUACAUCUUCCACCGCCUGUACCAGGACUACGACAUGCCCCGCGUGGUGGCCUGCUCCGAGGCCCCGUGCCCGCACACGGUCGACUGCUACAUCUCCCGGCCCACCGAGAAGAAGGUCUUCACCUACUUCAUGGUGGCCACGGCCGUCAUCUGCAUCCUGCUCAACCUCAGCGAGGUCACCUACCUGGUGGGCAAGAGGUGCCUGGAGACCUUCCAUCCGCGGCGCAGGCGGCCCCACCACCGGGACCGCCUGCCCGAUACGUGCCCCCCCUAUGCCCUCUCCCAGGGAGAGCCCCCCCAGGACGGGAACUCUGUCCUCAUGAAGGCAGGGUCAGCCUCGAUGGACGCAGGUGGGUUCCCAUAGCCUGGAGGUGGGUAGCGAGGACCUAAGGCCACGGCCGGGCAGUGGCAUCUCUUUGGCGGCAGGACAGGUGAGGAAGACGGUGGCAGGGCUCAGGAAGCCCGGCCAGGGGCCAGGGCUGGGGCGCGGCCGGGUGUCCGGGGCCCCGGAGGAGGGAGGUUGGCGGCUGGUGGGAAUUUUGUACCUGGCAAUGGGGUAUGUUACAGCCAUUAAUAAACAUGAUUUUCCUGGUA